AUUGAUUUAAUGCCCACAGUUUGAAAACCACCACAUUAUGGGAUGUAGGGCAAUACACUCACCAGCUACAGUAUUAAUUACAUCUGCAAAAUUUAUUGAGAUCACAUUUCUAGCCUUACAAAUGCAGUAUUGAUCCCAGAGAUACUGGAAACGUUUGCAGUGGGGUAGAAAUGUACUGAGAAGUCCUUGUUAUAUUUAGAUAACCCCCCCCCCACACACACACACAUAACUUAGCAUUAAUAUCUGUGGGAGUCAUUCAAUUGGAUAACAGUGUAGCUGUACCUAAUGAAGUGUCUCGUCGUGCAUUUAAUGUACGUACUGGGCCCGACGAUACAUUUUGCUAUUAGAGUAAAAAUACAACAGGUACGUCGUUGCACGGCCCCAUAAUUAGUUUUUCAUUUUAAUUUUCCACCGUAUUUAUGACAACGAAUGCAGUACUGUAGGAUUAGUGAAAGGCUUCCACGCCCGUGUAUGUACUUUGCCCAGCAUGUUCGAGUGUAGAUAAUUGAAAAAUAAAUAUUUCAAAUCAAAUGUCUGCGCUAAUUUUCUCGCCAUUACAAAAAGAACAACUUUGCAACUUCCUGUUUCCGGUGUCUGGGCGGAAGCUAUGACGUCGAGGGGGCGGGUCUUAAGAAAGGGCAGAAGGGACUCCAACAUGGGAGAUAGUUUCCAUGAGCAGCUGACAGAGGAUGGCGCUUUCCUCAGAGCAGAGAGGAGACUGGACACAGAGCUCGUGGACAAAAUCAUCCUGCAGCUCAACAGAAUCUACCCUCAAAUACUUACAGACAAGGAGGCCACAAAGUUCCGAAAGUUGGACGUGCCCACCUGCGUCCGGCUAGGUGAGCUCCUCACUCACUUGCAGGCCAAAGGAGAGGAAGCGUGCAGGGAAUUUUACCGAGCGCUUCACCUGCACGUUGAGGACGUGUACUACAGCUUGCCGACGCGUCUCCGUCUCCGAGAUUCUGUUGAUCCCAUCACAUUUCCAAGUGCCUAUAAAGAGAGACAUGUUAUGAAUGACAAAGGUCCCCUCUUCUUUAUAAGCUGCUUCAGUGUUGCAGUUGGACUGGCAUUAGUCUAUUACUUAGGUGAAGCCGAAGUGACUGGAGUAAGCGGGGCGCUUGGGAUGGCGGCUUUGGGUUUGAAAAGAAAAGCCAGCGAGGUUCUUGUAUGGUACACAGAAGAAAACUUGAAGAAAUAAGGAUGGAAUGAGCCACUGGGGCCAAGGGGUCAGCAAACCUCCUUUUGAACCAAAGCACAGCACCACGAUUUGCCUUUCAAGUGGUUGUUACUACUUUUUUUUUUUUUUUUUUUAACACAUUUGUAUUUACUAGUUUGGGGGUCCAAAAUAAGAACGAGGCGGGAACGUUUGGGUCUACGGUUGGCACUUUGCUUAUAGUUGAUAGAACAAAACUAAAAAUAAACACUGUCAUUUCUAUAAAUUUUAAAUGUACAAAUAUUCUGAAAGCAACACGUAGUCUUUUUGUUUUAAUGCGGCUGUUGUAACUCGGUCUAUUAACUUUGUAUUUAAUUGAAUGAAUUUAUUAUUUUGAUGGAUGUCAGACAAAAAAAAGAAUAAUACUCUGCCAACCUCUGCAACAUGAACCAUUUGAUUCUUUGUUGCCCUCGUGUGGUAAAGCGCCUACAUUAACAAAGACUUUCACUUCGGGCAGGUUUAAAACGAGAUUCGCGAAGAUAAAUAAUGUCUGUUGCCAUUUGUCUAAAGACAUCAAAUAAAUUAAUGCAAAUUAGUGAGUAAAUGUUUAGAUUUAAAAAAAAAAAAAGUACGCGAGCUCUCCGAUGCGUUUUUUUCACUCACGUGACUUCCCUAUAUGACUGAUCUAGCCAAUCAUGUCGAGUUCUGUGCGCGUUGCAUCACGGGUAUCAUUGUAGACGUAAAAAAACCGAUUCCACGGUAAAAAGAAAUUGUAAAGGAAAAACUCGAUCGACUUCCAGUAAAGACAAAAAAAGGGUAAACAUUUUCUUCGUAUCGUUUUGAAAGCAGUUAAUUUGGCACCGUAAGUGAUCGGUAUGAGCCUGGGUGUGACUAUAAAACGCCAUGUUGUCGUUUCAGCUUGUUGUGUUGUAUGAAAGGAGAGAAGGUUAGCACUCCCCUUGACAAGGAUGGAAAUGGCCCUUGUGGCCUGCAACACACAUACGGUUAAGGCAUUGCCACCUACUUCGUGGCAUCUCUAACCAAGUUUUUUGCUUGACAUUACGCCCUAUAAUCAAUUGUUUUUACUGUUAAUCUAAAAUUCAGGAAGAGUUGUGACGUGUUUCCUUUGCCUCAGGCAUUUUAUCAUUUUUACCUAGCAACCCGCUGCACAGAUAUAGUCCACACAGUUUGCCUUAAGAAGUAUUUUUGUCUGGAAAUAGCACCCCAAUCACUACUUGCAACAGUAAUUUGAGAUUUCUACACUUGAGUGCCUUUUGUCAGCGUUAAAUGAAAAAAAAAAAAGGACAAAAUACCGCCUUGUAAUGACUGGAUAUACCCCUGAAAUUUGUAAUAUUAAUGAGGCGUAUCUCAGGCUCUUGUAAAUAAAUCAAAAGCAAAACAAAGAAACACUUAUGGAGGAAACGGUAGCUAAUAAUUGACGAUAUGAAGCAAUUCUAUCACAUGCAUGAUGUAUUUCUUCUAUUUGCUAUUGUGCAGUCAUAUAUUUUUUUUUCUGUGUGAUGUUGACAUAAGUUUUCUGUACUUGCAUUUUCUUUUCUGUGUCAUGUAAACAUGCCUUAAUUAAAUGUAUCAUUGCCGCUUUGGUCCUUUGAACUAAGUACAUUCUAACAUAUAAAUAAACAC